AUGGUGGAGGAGAAGUUCAACCGGCUGCUCUUCAUCCCCAUCGCGGCGCUGCUUUUCUUCAUGAUCUGCUACCAGUACGUGUGUCCCGCGGACAGCAACACAUGCAGGUUCACUGGGGAGGAGGACAGGACACCCCGGCGGUUCUCCUCCUCCACCUCCACCUCCUCAUCCUCCGGAUACUCUGACUCCCAGUACCCCGCGGAGGCCGACCCGGAGAUCGACUCCAAGUUCAACUUCACCGCGCGGGACCUGGACCGCCGCGUGGACUUCGACAUCAGUGGGGAUGACGUCAUCGUGUUCCUGCACAUCCAGAAGACGGGCGGCACCACCUUCGGACGGCACCUAGUGAAGAACAUCGAUCUGGAGCAGCCGUGUGACUGCAUGCCUGGGCAGCGGAAGUGCACGUGCCACCGGCCCGGGAAAACCGAGUCGUGGCUCUUUUCGCGCUUCUCCACGGGCUGGAGCUGCGGUCUCCACGCGGACUGGACGGAGCUCACCAACUGUGUGCCCAAAGUGAUGAGCAAGCGCGACAAGAAAAACACACCGCGGAGAAAACGGAACUUCUACUACAUCACGGUGCUGCGGGACCCCGUGUCGCGCUACCUCAGCGAGUGGAAGCACGUGCAGCGCGGCGCCACCUGGAAGACGGCGGCUCACGUGUGCGACGGCCGGCCGCCCACAAGCGACGAGCUUCCCGCCUGCUACGCCGGCGAGGACUGGGCGGGCGUAGCCCUGGCCGACUUCACCGCCUGCGCCUCCAACCUGGCCAACAACCGGCAGGUGCGCAUGCUGGCCGACCUCAGCCUGGUGGGCUGCUACAACGCCACGGGCGCCAGUGAGCCGCAAAGGGGGCGGGCACUGCUGGCCAGCGCCAAGGCCAACCUGCGCCGCAUGGCGUUCUUCGGCCUCACGGAGUUCCAGCGCAAGACGCAGUACCUGUUUGAGGGGACCUUCGGCCUGCGCUUCCUGCGCGCCUUCACGCAGGCCAACAACACACGGGCCGCCAGCACCGGCGUGGGCGAGGAGGUGCGGCAAAGGAUCGCGGCGCUGAACGCGCUGGACGUGGAGCUGUACGAGUACGCACGGGAGCUGUUCCAGCGGCGCUACCGCACGCAGCGGCAGCGGGAGCGGGCGGAGGAACGGCGGCGGCUAAGGCGGCGGCGAUGGCAGCGGGAGCGCCGGCAGAGGAAACAGUACCGGGGCUUCCUGUCGCGCGUGUGGAGGCUGGGGGGAGGGGAGGAGGGGGAGGAGGAGGAAGAGAAGGAAGAGGAUGAAGAGGAGGGGAGGGGGGAGAUGGGGGAGGCGACCACCACAGAGGAUUAUAGCAAUCAGGUGGUGCGGUGGUGA